ACCACGUCAUGUCAUUCAUGUCACGUCACUUUCACUUUUGUCCCAAACAUCUCAUUUUCUUGGACGAAAGUACGCGAAUAUUGGUCAAAACCAAUUGUUAGUUGCUUUGUGCCCGGAUAUAAUUUCGAUUCUUGUCAAUUAUCCAGGGCCUUUCGUUCCAAAACUCUAUUCUGUAAUUGUCGAAUUCCAGUGCCAAAUGAUAAUCUAAUUUUCCACGGCCUCAGUGAAUGACAGAUCCACGUAAAGAAUUUGAGCCAAACCCAUUUGGAAAACUAUGCGAUGCAAGCCAGGCGCCGUUUUGCUGGAGCUGACGUCGAUGAACAAAGUCUAACGACUGUCCUCGUUACAGAUACUGACUUAAACGACGAGAAGAAAUAUUCGAAACGUUGGAAUUUACGCAACAUCUCCAACCACAUUACCACCACAUCGGGUAAUGCACUGCGUGCAUUGGUACAACAAGCUACCAGCCCGUUGAUCGACACAAGAGACACGAGUGUUGAGCCACUUCUUCCACCGCAGGGAUACGAGGAGGAUUUUGUAGAGGACCUGGUGAAAGAAGACAUUGUCGUUAUGACUGCUCGGGACCGAACCACGGAAUUUGGCAAUGCGAUCCGCUCAUUGCAAAGCCGAAAUAUUUCUAGAGCUGUAAACAUCAAGGACCCGCGGAGGGCGAAACAGAUUCAGAGCUACUCAGAAUUCAUGAUGAUUGCUAAAUAUAUCGGCAAGAACAUUGCAAGCACAUAUGCGAAAUUGGAAAAAUUGACACUUUUGGCAAAACGAAAAAGCUUAUUUGACGAUCGACCAGCUGAAAUCCAAGAACUCACAUAUAUAAUAAAAGGUGAUUUGAAUGCACUGAAUCAACAAAUUGCUCGAUUGCAGGAGAUAUCUAAAGAUCAACGGCGUUCUACUAACGGAAAACAUUUGUUGUCACAUUCCUCCAACAUGGUGCUCGCUUUACAAGCAAAGCUCGCAAACAUGAGCACUGACUUUAAGCAAAUCCUUGAGGUACGAACGGAAAACUUGAAACAACAGAAAUCAAGACGAGAUCAAUUCAGUCAGGGUUCGGUAGCAGCCAGCAGUAUUUCGCCUGCAACUGCGAAACAAGGCGGGUCGUUAUUGCUGAGCGAAGAAAACCAAGUUAGUAUCGACAUGAGCAACGAGAGUCGCGCUCUGAUUCCACAAAUACAAACACAGCAAAUGUUACUCUAUGAUGAAUCUGAUAACUAUGUACAGCAGCGUGCUGAAACUAUGCAAAAUAUUGAAAGCACUAUCGUGGAAUUAGGAGGUAUAUUCCAGCAACUGGCCCAUAUGGUGAAAGAACAAGAAGAGAUCGUCGAGAGGAUAGAUUCAAACGUGCAAGAUGCAGAAAUGAACAUUGAAGCGGCUCAUGGUGAGAUCCUCAAGUAUUUCCAGACAGUUUCCAAGAACCGAUGGCUGAUGAUUAAGAUCUUUGGUGUGCUUAUAUUCUUCUUCAUAUUCUUUGUUGUCUUUCUGGCUUAGAAAUUAUGUGGAAUCUCUCCGGCGUAACAAUUGAUGAAAUAAACUAGCGAUACAUUUGUAAAUACCGUUUCUAGGAAAACACAAGUUUUGGCUAUAGAGAUUAAUAAAUUGCAUAUAUCUAAAUUUAAA